UCAGGGCAGCCUGAUAAAAGGAGAGCAGGUCUAGAGAGCUGGUGGCACAGGCUGGAGUCUGGUGCCGAGCCAGCACCAUGGCACGGUCCAUGGCCUGGGCAGGUUUGAUAGUUCUGCUGACAAUCCAGUGGGGCUCUGCCGCAAAGCUGGUCUGCUACUUCACCAACUGGGCCCAGUAUAGACAGGGGGUCACUUGCUUCUUGCCCAAGGAUGUGGAGCCGAACCUGUGCACCCACCUCGUCUAUGCCUUUGCGGGCAUGAACAACCACCAGCUCAGCUCUACAGAGUGGGACGAUGAGGCCUUAUACCAGGAGUUCAAUGGCCUGAAGAAGAUGAAUCCCAAGCUGAAGACGCUGCUUGCCAUUGGGGGCUGGAACUUCGGCACCCGGAAGUUCACAGAUAUGGUGGCGACAGCCAACAACCGUCAGACCUUUGUCAACUCAGCCAUUAAGUUUCUGCGCAAUUAUGGUUUUGAUGGGCUUGACCUUGACUGGGAGUACCCAGGAAGCCGGGGGAGCCCUCCUUCAGACAAGCAGCGCUUCACAGCCCUGGUGCAGGACCUGGCCAGCGCCUUCCAGCAGGAAGCCCAGACUUCGGGGAAGGAACGCCUCCUUCUGAGUGUAGCCGCGCCGGCCAGGAGAAAGGACAUAGAUGCUGGAUAUGAGGUGGACAAAAUCGCUCAGAGCCUGGACUUCAUAAGCCUCAUGGCAUACGACUUCCAUGGCUCUUAUGAGAAGACCACAGGACAUAAUAGCCCCCUCUACAAGAGGCAGGGGGAGAGCAGGGCAGCAGCCAAAUUGAACGUGGACUCUGCUGUGCAGCUGUGGCUGCAGAGGGGGACCCCUGCCAACAAACUGAUCCUUGGCAUGCCCACCUAUGGACGAUCCUUCACCCUGGCCUCCCCAUCAGACACCGGAGUAGGGGCCCCAGCCACGGGGCCUGGAGCCCCUGGCCCCUUUACCAAACAGGGAGGGCUGCUGGCUUACUACGAGGUCUGCUCCUGGAAGGGGGCCGUUGAGCACAGAAUCAAGGACCAGAAGGUACCCUAUGCCUUCCAAGGCAACCAGUGGGUAGGUUUCGAUGAUGUGGAGAGCUUCAAAACCAAGGCCAGCUACCUGAAGCAGAAGGGCCUGGGCGGGGCCAUGGUCUGGGCACUGGACAUGGACGACUUCGCCGGCUUCUUCUGUAAGCAGGGCCUCUACCCCCUCAUCAAGGCACUGCAGCUGGAGCUGAGUCUUCCCUAUAUGCCUUUAGGCACCCCAGAACCGGAAGUCCCCACACCACCCCGUCCUUCUGAACCUGAGCAUGGCCCCAGCCUUGAACAGGGCACCUUCUGCCAAGGCAAAGCCGACGGGCUCUACCCUAACCCUUGGGACCAGAGCAGCUACUACAGCUGUGUAGCGGGGAGGCUGUUCCAGCAGAGCUGCCCUCAGAGCCUGGUGUUCAGCUCCUCCUGCAAAUGCUGCACGUGGAGCUGAGCGCCCGAGGCCCCUGGAGCCCCAGCCACCAGGCCCCUGGGGUCACUCCACGGCCUGCCUCCCCAGCUCUCCCCAGGGGCUGCAAUCCCGUGGACCUCUCUGGUCUUUCCGUAUCCAAGCGUUCUGCUCUCAGCCAUGGUUCCUUUUGUUCUGGCCCUGCUGGGAUGCCUCUUUUACUUGCAAAAUAAAUCUGUGGUUU